GGGUCUUUUCGUCGCUUCAGGACUUCAAUUAAAGCUGUUUUUUGUGACUUCUGGUCUUUUUGCCGCUUCGGAACUUCGACUGUUCGGCACUUCGUCUGUUCAGGACCUCAGGAGAGGCAAGGUGUGAUGCUUCGGUGUUGUCAAAGGGGGCCCGGUUAUUUCGGAAAUCACAUCCGGGCCCUCUUCAGGCCCAGGCCUGUGCACCCCGAUGGCGGCCCUGAUCUCUUCUUUCCCUUUAUGUCUUCCAUUCUAGCCCAUAAAUUGUAUUUCCAGUUCCACAGAUCUCCCUGUCUAAGUAAAAGUUCAGCCAGCACACCCCCUUCCCUGGUCCCUCCCCGAAACCUAAAUGCCAGGAAGAGAAGCACACAUAUGACGCAUAAGGAAACAAACGCCCGUUUGAACCUGACACCAAGUAAGUAAGGACAGGCCACCAACGAACACCCACAGAUCACCCAACUCUGUUUUGAAGCAAGAAGCACAUGGUCUUAUUAUGAGAUAACGCCCCCUGGCUGUCACACUGUAUACUGUAAAUGACAUUAAGCGAUGGCGGCUGCUGUUGUGAGAUCUGAGCUGAGCUGCUCGGUGUGCCGGGAGAUUUAUACAGAGCCAGUAACCCUCCCGUGUGGCCAUAACUUCUGCCUCAUCUGUAUUGAGAGAACAUGGGACUGGCAGGAGGGGAUAGAGGAAGAUCCUUCCUGCCCUGAAUGUAGAAAGAAAUACAGGAGACGCCCCGAACUGAACAGGAACCUCAGGCUGCGUAACAUAGCAGAGUGUUUCCUCCCAACUCAGCCAGAGCAGGAAUGUUCCUUCAUUGUCUGCACUUACUGUGACUCCCCUGUAGCUGCUGCUAAAUCCUGUCUGCACUGUGAGGCUUCUCUGUGUGACUAUCAUGUGGUAAAGCACAGCAAGUCACCAGAACAUGUAUUAACUGAUCCCACCACUUCCUUUGGGCACAGAAAAUGCCAUAUACACAAGAAGAUCCUGGAGUUUUACUGCCCUGAAGAUGUUUCUUAUAUCUGUGCCUCCUGCUGCCUGGUUGGUGAGCACCGGGGGCACAAGGUGGAGUUGCUGAGUGUAGUUUCUGAGAAGAUGAAAGCAAAACUUAAACAUAUUCUGGAGAAACUAAGCCCAGAGAGAGAGGAGACUAAGAGACAAAUCCAGAACCUGGAGCAAAGCAGGAGAAAAGUGGAAGAAAAAGCAGCCGGUGAGACAGAGAGAAUCACUGGCCUGUUUAGAGACAUCAGGGAAAGGGUGGAAGCCCUAGAGAAGCAAGUCCUGGAUGAGAUCUCCAAGCAGACAAAGGCUCUUUCUCUCCCAUUCUCUAAAGACAUCUAUCAGCUGAAAAUAAAGCAGGACAAACUGUCCAGGAAGAUCCAUCACAUUGAGGAGCUGUGCAACAUGGCAGAUCCACUCACUGUCCUACAAGCAGAUGGAGCUGACAUUUAUAGAGCUGAGGGGGGAGAUGGUCAGCACAGAAAAAUGGAGUAUAUAAAUGAUGUAGGGGAUCUGGAUGUGGGUCGUAUCUCAGAGACAUUACUCACAGGCUUAGCUGGGAUUGUGGCUGGGAUAAAGGGAUGGUGGUUCCCUGGACAGGAGGCUACAGACCUGGUACUGGAUAUAAACACGGCUGGGAAUUAUUUGGCUGUAUCAGAGGAUGAGAAAACUGCAUCUCUGUCACAAACAGACCAGGGUUACCCACCAUCAUCUGAGAGGUUUCAUUGGUGUCAGGUCUUAAGCACCAGAAGUUUUUCUUCAGGGAGACAUUACUGGGAGCUGGAGAUCAAAGAUGGUGGGAGCUAUUGGGUAGGUGCAGCCUAUCCCAGUAUAGAGAGGAAAGGCAUCCAGUCCUGGAUAUGGAAUAGUAACAAGUCCUGGGGGUUGUAUCGAGAGUAUAACAACAUCUACUCAGUUAUACAUGACAGAAAAGAGAGCAAUCUGAAUCGGACCGCUCAGUGUGACAGGAUCAGGAUCUCAGUGGACUAUGAGGCCGGACACCUGUCCUUUUAUGAGCUGAGUGAUCCAAUCAGACACUUACACACCUUCACUGCCUCAUUCACUGAGCCCCUCCAUGCUGCAUUCUGGGUUGGGUGGCCUUUUUUUAGGGAGAACGGUUGGGUCACAAUUAUUAGCUGAGAAAGUUUGCAGAUGUGCCUUUGCCUGUGAUUGGAUUGUACGAACCUUAAAAUGGCUAACUCCAUGUUUCGUAGCCAAGAAAGCAUAUCCUAGCAUGAUGAAUAUCCCUUACUCUGAAUUUAACUUCAUGGGGGAUACAUGUACAGAACAUACUCCCCAAAAUACCGCAUUGCACAUUUGAAUAAAUGAAUAGUAAACAAGUAGGCCGCGCUCCUGGUAGGCCCUGCCGGCUCAAACCCAAACUCUGCCUGCAUUUCCCAGGCAACUGAUCUCCCAAUGUUUAAUCAACAUGCACGAGGG